UGGCAAAGUGGCUCGUUUUCUUUGUCAGUUAACGACUAACCUAAAAACUUCUAUACGUUAUUAAACUUUUAUAAUUUAUCAACAAUUUAUGAGUUAGCCUACUUAUAGUUUAAUUAGUGUUUGUGUUCAUUUGUUUAAAACAAUUCUAUUGUGCUUUAUAGUCUCUGAAAAUAGUAUUCUGAUAAUGAAUGCUGUUAGUUUGUAUGUAUCAACAACAAGUCUUGUGUUUCAAGCCGAUCCGGAAGAUUUAACAACAUACUCGGAAUUAUUCAAUAUUAUUCCACAUUUACGUCAAUCUCUUUCUUGCACAGUAUGUGGUAACUUACUAAUAGAACCUCAUACACCUACAGAAUCAAAUUGUCAACAUCAUGUUUGUAAGUCCUGUAAAGGUAGAAAGAAAAAUCUCAAACCGUCUUGUAGUUGGUGUAAGGACUAUGAUAAAUACAUUGAGAAUAUUCAAAUUCGAAUUCUUCUACAGUGCUACAAGUCCCUGUGUGAAUACUUAGCAAGUUCAGCAUUUUACAGACGUUUAGUUAGCAAUAUUGUGAGUGGUGGUUCAACUUUGGCUGAACUGAUUAAAGAAGGAUCUGGUUUUGAAGAUGAUUUUAAACCUGAAGGAACAUUAGCAGAAACCGCCAACAGUUUUUUUCCAAAACUGUACUCCAGCACAUCAACUCAGACAUCCGGUAAAACUGACGUUCAAACUCCCAUUGAAAUUGAAUUCACUUCUUCUAAAGACUCAAAUCAGAUACCCAUCGGUGAUAACUUACAAGCUGUACUUGAAAGUGGUAGCAUCAAUUUAUCAUCCUCACUGCCUUUAACCCACAAUUCAGUCUAUCAAGUUGACGUUGUCUAUAGCCAAUUAGAUAGCAAUCAUGAUCAAUUUGAUAAAAAUGCUACUGAAAUAUCAGUUGUUGACUUACCAGUCAUUGAAUUGCAAGAAAAGACAGGAGAAGCGCUGAAAGCGCGCGUAGCAACGUCGGGGUCGCGAAGGUCUCGAAGCGUGGCGCGAUCAUGCAAGUCGCUGCGGAGUGCGAGCAAAGGAGUGGUGGACGCGACAGCAACGCCUGCUGUGGUGACGCCGGCGAGGCAGGGCUGUCGGUGUGGCAUCGCCACCAAAUCGGCGCAGCCUGGCAAGCUGACCUGCUGUGGCCAGCGCUGUCCCUGCUACAUCGAGCGCCGCGCCUGUUCCGACUGCAAGUGUCGCGGAUGUCGCAACCCGCACACGCUCGACGGACAAAAGAUAAGCUAUCCUUUAGCCUCUAAUGGACUUCAGUUGAACAAUGCUUCUUUGUCUGUUCUUGGAGAGUCAUCUUCGAUCUCGGCAAAUAAUGCUACUGUUCAGGUUGUCGGAAUGUGCACAACCCCCUUGAACGUUUCUCCUAAUACGUCGGGCAUAAUCCUGGACGGCAACAGUGUUGUGACUACUGAUCACGACGAUGACGGAAUCACCAUGGAGUUGUGAAACUGUAUUUCGAAUUAUGUGAUAAUUGUGUAGAGUGCAUUGAAGAUAUCGAUGGUCUUCAGAUGUGUUCAAGUAGUGGAUAAUUUAUUCCAUAGGUACUAAUCUCUAAAACAUGUCCUCAAAUCUUCUAUUCAAUCUUUAUACAACAUAAAAAGUGAUCUACUUAGCAAUACCUUAUAAUCAAAAGUAUUUCACAAACAAUGACAUAAUCCAUUGUACAUUCUCUCCAAUACAAUAUAGAUACACAUAUUAUAGCAGUACCGGAAUAAGUUAUGUGAUUCGAUUUUAUUUAUUUUGUUUUUCCCACUCAUUCAAGUAAAAUUUUUAGGUUGUCUGAUAAUGCUGCAACCACCCUCAUCUCAGUAAAAGAUAUAUCAUGUGUUGUAAAUAUUUUGGAGUCCCCUAUAUUUGACCAUUAAGAUUUUUUGUAUAUUAUGAAUUUAUUUCUUAUAUUAUACUUGGAUUAUAUUUAUUAAGACUAUACUUAGCUAAAUAUCUACAGCCAAUAUAUACAUCAAUUAUGUUUUUAAUAUUUAUACAUUAAUUUGAGUAUUCAGUGAUUUUAAUUAAUUGUUAAAAACUUGAUUGUUGGAGCGCAGUUUCUCAGUCGAGCAGAAUGUAGCAUGCUUUAAUCUAUUGCAACAAUUAGACUAGUCAGUAAAUUUGUAUAACAAGGAAUGUUACAUUUUCAAAAAAGAUUUUAUAUCAACUUAUCAUUUUUGUAUUAUAAUUUUCAUGUCAUAUUCGAAGAAGCUCCAUGCGCAUGCAAGGAACAACCGUAAUAAGAUUAUUUAUCAUUUAUUCAUUAAAUUAUGAAUUUAUUCAUAUUUAUUGCUAUUUUAUCCAACUGAAUAACAUAGAUUUUAUAUCAACUUAUCAGUUUUGUAUUAUAAUUUUCAUGUCAUAUUCGAAGCUCCAUGCGCAUGCUAGGAACAACCGUAUUAAGAUUCUUUAUAAUUUAUUCAUUACAUUAUGUAUUCAUCAAUCUCUUCUUAUUGCAAUUAUUGUUGUUAGGAGAUCUAUAAAUAAUAUUGUACUUACAGAAGCAAUAAUAAUGUAAUUGAAAAUUGAAUUUCAAUCAUAUUGAUAGAAAUAAAAGAUUUUAAAACUCCA